AAAAAAAUAUAUCGACAAAAAUGGAGGCAACUAUUUUACGCCCAUUUUUCCUCUUAUCUCUAUUAUUUUCACUUCUGUUUUUUGCUUCUGCAACAACGACUGCUUCGCCUGAAAAUUUCCUUAAGUGUCUUCUCCGCCGCUCUCCGCCGUCGCACCCCAUUUCUCCGGCGAUCUUCACACCGGACAAUGCUUCUUUCUCCUCCGUUCUUCAGACCUACAUUCGAAACUUGCGAUUCAACACCUCCAGCACUCCCAAGCCCUUCCUUAUUCUCACGGCUCUGCAUGAAUCUCACGUCAAAGUUGCAAUUCUCUGUGCCAGAAUCCAUAAUCUUCAGAUGAAGAUUCGGAGCGGCGGCCAUGAUUACGAGGGCGUUUCUUACGUCUCCGACGUAGUUCCCUUCUUCGUCCUCGACAUGUUCAACCUUCGAGCCAUCACUGUCGACGUUGAAACCGAGACCGCAUGGGUUGAAACAGGAGCUACGCUAGGAGAAGUGUACUACAGAAUCGCGGAGAAAAGUAAGCUCCAUGGCUUUCCUGCCGGAGUUUGCCCCACGGUGGGUGUCGGUGGCCAUUUCGGCGGCGGUGGAUACGGGAACAUGAUGAGAAAAUACGGCCUCUCAGUGGACCAAAUCAUCGACGCCAAGAUGGUGGACGUCAACGGUAAGCUUCUCGACAGAAAAUCAAUGGGAGAGGAUCUGUUUUGGGCCAUCACAGGCGGCGGAGGAUCGAGCUUCGGCRUCGUGGUUGCCUACAAAAUCCAAACCGUCCGAGUGCCGGAGACGGUGACGGUGUUCAAAGUAGAAAGAAGAUUGGCUGAGAAUGUGACGGAGAUUGUGGAUGAGUGGCAGAGGGUGGCACAUGAAAUCGACAAUGAUUUGUUCAUAAGGGUAACGUUCGAUGUUGUCAAUGGAACUGAAAAUGGAAAGAAGACAUUGAGAGCUACAUUUAUAGCCUUGUUCCUUGGAGAUUCCGAAAGGCUUCUGUCUAUAAUGGACAAGAGCUUUCCAAAAUUGGGUUUGAAGCAAUCUGAUUGCCUUCAAAUGAGUUGGCUUGAAUCGGUUCUUUUUUGGACAAAUUUCCCACUAGGAACAUCAGUCGACGCGCUACUCUCCAGAAAACCUCAAGUUCUCACCCACUUGAAAAGAAAAUCAGACUACGUGAAAACCCUAAUUCCAAAGGAGGGUUUGAAUCAGAUAUGGAAGAAGAUGAUCGAACUCGAAAAACCGAUGUUGACAUUCAACCCCUACGGCGGAAGAAUGGCCGAGAUCGCAUCUUCAAAGACUCCAUUUCCGCACAGAGCUGGAAACUUAUGGAAGAUUCAAUACGCAACGAACUGGGACGAAGAAGGAGUCGAAGAAGCCGACCACUUUAUAAACUUGACGAGAAAACUAUACAACUUCAUGACUCCAUUCGUGUCGAAGAAUCCGAGAACUGCCUUUUUGAACUACAGAGAUCUUGACAUUGGUGUCAACCACAAUGGCAAGAACAGUUACAAUGAGGGCAGAGUUUUUGGGGUCAAAUAUUUUGAAGGGAACUUCGACAGAUUGGUAAAGAUAAAGACGAGGGUUGAUCCAAACAACUUUUUCAGAAACGAACAGAGCAUUCCUAGGUUGCCAUACGUGAAAAGAUUAUAAUAAGGUUGUUUAAUUUGUUGUUGUUGUGUGUUGUCGUUUUAUUUGUCUUGUUGGUUGUCAUGUGACGAUGAUUAUUAUUAGCUUGAUUAAAAAAAAAA